UACACUGCAGUGUGCAUUUUCCAUCUGCACACUUCCAUCUUCAUUGCUUCAGCAAAUCUGUGCUGCAAGUGAAGGCUGUGAGAGUGAAUGCAGGAGUGAAAUAGCAAUGGCCAGCUUUAAAUGUAUAAUAGACUUGCGAUGAAGGAACUACCGAGAACGAAGAAACAAAUAUGAGUUAAAACGUUAAAUAUCAAACGAAUGGGCUGCUAAGAAACUCAACAGCACUGACCAAACGUUAGAUAUCUGCGAGCUAGAUAUUUCAUUAGCAAAUUGGCCUGAAGACGUCAUCAAUAACAAUGUCACAUGAGCCCAGAAGGUUAUCGAGGUGGUGACAGUUUGUAUCUGAGAACCCAGGCCAUCCACAAGACUUGUUCAGUGGGUCAAGAUGCCGAUUCCUCCCCCUCCCCCUCCACCCCCUGGAGGCCCCCCUCCACCCCCCACCUUCAGCCAGGGCAACACCACCCCACCCAAGCUCAAUCGAGAUGAGGCCAAAGGCAGAGGAGCCCUGCUCGGGGACAUCCACAAAGGGGCCAAGCUGAAGAAGGUCGGCGUGGUCAAUGACAGGAGCGCACCUAUCUUAGAAAAGCCUAAAGUAGGUGGUGUUAGUAGUGGAGGAGGCUCGUCAGGGGCCAUUCAGCCAAUGGGAGGGCUUUUCCAGGCAGGUGUGCCUAAAUUACGACCAGUCGGAGAUGGCUCGGUUGGCAGGUCAGCCAUGACGCCUCCUGGCACGCGCCCCGCUGCUCCUCGUCCUCCUGUUCGCCAGGACAGCACAGAAUGCUCAGCCCAGCAGGCCUCUCCCCCGGAGCACUCCCGAUCCCAGAGGCCCUCCCUCCCCGACCUCUCCCGCCCCCUCAGCGGAGGCAGCCCAAACAGUGGCAUGAAGCACAGCUCCUCCGCCCCUCCACCUCCUCCCCCUUUUUCUCGCCGGGGUAAUGCACCCCCUGCACCGACUCAGAAGGCGCCACCACCCGCCCCCUCCUACAACCGGGAGAAGCCCCUCCCUCCCACGCCAGGACAGAGGGGGACUUCCCCGGUGCCGGCCCGCAACAGCGCCCCUCCUCUGCCUCCUUCUCCCAACAUCAACCGGCGGCCCCCGACGUCAGGGGGCUCCUCAGCUUCCUCCUCUUCCUCCUCUCUGGGUCCACCUCCUCCCCCGUACCGCCAGCCCAUGACCAACGGUCCCUCCAGCCCGGUUAACGAAGCCGCCCCGGAGCUACCUCAGAGACACAACUCCCUCAGCAAGAAGCCGUCGCCCGGACCUGGACUCACUCCAACCCGGGGGCAAGCUCCACCCCCGCCUCCCUCUCCCUCCCCGCCAGGCGGACGCCCCCCCCCUCCAGUCCGUGAGCCCCCCGGCAGAGGGGCAGCUCCACCCCCGCCUGGGUCGACUCAACGAAACGGUGGUCGGGAUGCACCCCCUCCACCACCCCCCUACAGAGGUAGCCCCUCAGAACCUCAUAGCCGUGGCAAGCCCCCCCCUCCUCCCUCCCGUACCCCUGCCGGACCCCCGCCCCCUCCCCCACCUAUCCGCAAUGGACACACCUCCAUUUCCCGCUCCUUCGUAGAUGACUUUGAGUCCAAGUAUUCUUUCCACCCUCUGGAUGACUUCCCUGCUCCAGAGGAGUACCGGCACUUCACCAAGAUCUACCCCAGCAAAGCCAACAGAGCUUUUUAUUGUUUUGACGGUGUCUUUGGCAGUGAUGAGGGGAGCUCCUCCUGCACCACCUGUGGGAAGGUGAACACUGUGAGACCACUUCACUUCUACUGUACAGGAGACAAGGGUUAUACACACACACACACACUACUUUCUCACAUAGAACCUACAGCAUAUAACAUAUACCGACAUGCUUCUCAUUUGAUAACAUUCCAUUUCAACUAAAGCUCCAUAACCAUUCACUCACACGCUCGCCCUUGAGAAUAGCCCAGGAAUUUGGCAGUCAUGCUCCAUUUUGAAGGUGGAGUUGGCAGCUUACUUAUGCCAUUCCCAGCCUGUGUCCACGCGGGUGAACUUGCCCUGUUUUGUCAUAAAGGCAUUACUUACCCAUUGAUGGUGUUUCCAGGCGUGUGUGUGUGGGUGGGUGGGGAACACUUUGACACGGGUAUGAAAGACAUUCACUCCCAUACCACACAGACUGUUGCGAUUGUCAAAAUGGAGAAAAGAAAAUGUUCUCCACGUCAUCAGAGUAUAUGCACUGUGAGAGCCCACAUCACCAUGAAACGGGACUGACACCAGUGACUGUACAGCUUGGCUCGAAGUGUCUGAAGGUGAUUGACUUUUUGGGACCACUGCACCCCUUGCUGAUGUAGGGAACUGCUACUGUUUGAAAGUUCUCUCAGGUAUAUGGUUUGUGGAACAGAGAACUGGAGAUGACGAAGAUGAUAUUGGAAAGGCAUUAUUAGAGAAGAGUCUCCAAAAGUGCCAACUGAGUCGGACCUGAACUGGGAACAGCACAUACCCCCCCCCCCCCAUCCUUUCUCCCUGCUGCAAGGCUGUCGUUGUUUCCCUUAUGAAUGGUGGAAUGGACUGAUCAAAGCAAUAGUUUCAUAUGUUCUCUGUGAUUGUUGUCAGUAAUCAACACCUGUGACAGUGGCGAUCGUUGGUUUGUGAAAAAGUCUUCCUGUUUAGAAUGAUGAUGCACAUGUAUGGGAUCUUGCAGCAAUCUCUCCCUCCCUUCCUCUACGCAGAAGAAAAGACAAACCAGAUAGAUGCAUGUUGUCUUUUCAGCUUGUCUGUCUUGACAAAAUGCAUGAGGGUGAUCUUGUUAGUUGUCCUAAAUGCACAGCAGAAAGUUAUUAUGCCUUCUAACACUAGUCUGGGUCACUGAAACCAUUUCACGACAACUAACUCAUACGAACACUACAACCCUCACUAGUUUAAUGACCGAGCCUUUCAAAUGCAUUGCAUGCUACAGGAUGCUGAACCAGUACAUUGACACUAAAAUACUCAACCCGAACCCAGGCAACGAGUCGGAAGCAAUCCAAGAGUUUAUUGUUCAAAAUUGAUAGAGAGAAAUUAUGUUGAGGGGAAAGUAAAUGUAUGCUUUGCAAAUACAAACCUUUUCCUGGAACUCGGCAGGAUAAGGUUUGUUGAUACCCACAAAAGCCACGUGGUGGCAGUAUUUGAUGAUUUUCCAUAGGGAGACAUGGGACCUACAGUAUAUGCUUGUGAUGCAGUACCCCUUCAAUUUGUCUUUAUAUAUAUUUUUUUUAAACAUACAAAGUUGUAUUAUGGAUUUGGACAAUGUUGAGCGAGCGGGCAGUACAGACCUGUAUGUCUGUCUGUCUGUAACAAUUUUGAGAUCUUCUGCUGAGGGUCGACUGGACAAACCAAUGACAACGGCCAUGUUGUUCAACUCUAUCAAGUUGUCUAUGUUCUGUCUUUGAAAGAAAAAAUCUAAUGUCGUCCUUACAUUUCUUUGCUUAAUGCACUUGUGACCACAAGCCUGAAACAAAUGCACGUUGUUACACAGGGAGGUGAACCUUUAAGGCUGGUACCUGUAAUUUUGUUCCUAUUGUUUAUGUGUUGUGUGGGGUUAGUCUUGUUCCUUAUUUUAAAACGGCCCUGCACCGUGACCGAACCCCCUUAAACUGUCACUCACUAUUCACUUUUUAUUUCAACCAUUUGCUGGUCUUUUGCCUUAUUAUUCGCUGUUGGAGUCAAUUCAGGAUUUGUAAAAAAAAAAAAAAAACUUUUAAAAAACCAAGCUAAUCUAAGUUUAUACACCUCAUAUGGGUAAUACGGUAGUCAUGGCUAUUCUACUUUUAAUAUGUAUAACGCUUGUAAUAUAGUGAAUAAAACAGGGAUAGAUAACGGCAGGCUUUUGUCAGAAUCCAGUGACAAACUGUUAGUCAUCUGCCUUCAGUCCCCCUUUCGAUAUUCCCUCUCUGUGUCACAGAGGGCCUGUGUGGCCAUUCAACAGGAGCAGUAUGUACUCACAUUGAGAGAACCUCCUUGUUCGUGUCUUCUUCUCAUCCCCCAUUUCAUACUUUCAUACUUAGCUUAAUCCAGGCCCUGGUUCCUUCUGUACAUGUCACCCUUCUGCGUCAGACAUGUUGUACCAAUUCAAAUAAAAUGUCAGUGAUGGAGGGGAAACAAAGUCUACUUUUCCUGUCCAGUCCAUUGUCAUCUGUUAACAGAUGACGUUAUGUAAUAAUGUGCCACAGGUUUUGGUUAAAGGGAUAGUUCAUCCACAUUACAAAAUGACAUUGGUUUUAUUUUUUUUAGGGGGUAGAUGGAUUGAUGGAAGCUACAAUGUAAUUGUCUGCAUCCAUUUAGAAAUAUAUAUAUAUAUUUGUUUUCCUUUGUGACCCUAAUUGGAGUAAACUAAUGGACAACCACUUAUCUUAUACACAAGUAUGUGGACACCACUUCAAAUGAGUGUAUUUGGCUAUUUCAGCUAUACCUGUUGCUGACGGGUGUCUAAAAUUGAGCGCACCGCCAUGCAAUCUCCAUAGACAGUGUGCCACGUUGAAAGUCAGUCAUUGGAUGCCACCUUUCCAACAAGUUAGUUUGUCAAAUUUCUGCCAUGCUGGAGCUGCCCCGGUUAACUGUAAGUGCUGUUUAUUGUGAAGUGGAAACUUGACUUACCAACAACAAUGGCUUACCAACAAAGUGGUAGGCCACACAAGCUCACAGAAUGGGAUUGCUGAAGCACGUAAAAAAUAGUCCAUACUCGGUUGCAACACUCACUACCGAGUUCCAAACUGCCUCUGGAAGCAACGUCAGCACAAGAAUUGUCCGUCGGGAACUUCAUGAAAUGUGUUUCCAUUGCUGAGCAGCCUCACACAAGCCUAAGAUCACCAUGCGCAAUGCCAAGUGUCGGCUAGAGUGGUAUAAAGCUCGCCGCCGUGGACUCUGGAGCAGUGGAAACGUGUUCUCUGGAGUAAGGCAUAGAGCCAACUGUAAAGUUUGGUGGAGGAGGAAUAAUGGUCUGGGGCAGUUCUUCAUGGAUCGGGCUCGGCCCCUUAGUUCCAGUGAGGGCUUUGUGGCCACAGUUUGGGGAAGGCCCUUUACUGUUUCAGCAUGACAAUGCCCCCGUGCACAAAGCAAGGUCCAUACAGAAAUGGUUUGUUGAGAUCGGUGUGGAAGAACGUGGCUGGCCUGCACAGAGCCCUGACCUCAACCCCAUUGAACACCUUUGGGCUUAAUUGGAACGUUGUCUGCGAGCCAAGACUAAUCACCCAACAUCAGCGCCUGACCUCAGUAAUGCUCUUGUGGCUGAAUGGAAGCAAGUCCCCACCACACUAUUCCAACCGUAUGGAAAGUCUUCCCAGAAGAGUAGAGGCUGUUAUAGCAGCAAAGGAGGCCCAACUUCAUAUUAAUGCCCAUGAUUUUGGAAUGAGAUGUUCAACGAGCUGGUGUCUACAUACUUUUGGUCAUGUAGUGUAUAUAUAAUUUACAGACACAAUGCAUUUUACAAUAGUUAUCUUGUUUUUAGUCCCACCCUUCAACCCCUCACGGCUAUCUCUUAACACCAUCCCGUUUUGAUUUCUAUGUUUUUUAACUGUGAUGUUUCACAAAAGUUCUGAACCUUUCUCAUAGUUUCUACAGAUUGUAAAUUAAAGUUUUUUUGGGGGGCUAAAAGUAUUAUAUUAUUGAUCAUGACUUUUCAAGUCACCCAUCAGUGCUAUUUGCAGAGUUACCUGCAGGUAAAUGUUGCAAUUCUUCAGUUAUUCCUGUAACCUGCGUCCAGAAACAAGCUACAUAUGGACAUAACACCAAAACAGUAAUUCUGCAGAGCUGGGAUGGUGGUAUUCCCCAUAUACAGUGCAUUUUAAAGUAUUCAGACCCCUGGACUUUUUACACAUUUUGUUAGGGUAAAGCCUUAUUUUAAAAAGGCUGUAAUGUAACAACAUGUGGAAAAAGUCCAGGGGUCUGAAUACUUUCCUAAUGCACUGUAUAUAACAUCCUAUUGGUUGCAAAAUUGUAUAAUUUAAAUUGAAAAAUUCAAGUUUUGAAUCUUUCCAUGUGCCAUGGAAUCGGUACAUCAAAUCUCUUCCCAACUAUUUUGCCAUCUAUGACACAGUUGUCACUUUUUUGAUUUCUUAUAUUAAAUUAGUAAACUUUUUAUUUGGCAUAAUUUCCUUUAACCAAUUUUGGUCUUCAAUGCAGGGCUGACAGACAGCUUCCUUUCUUUUCCCAGUUCCACCUGCCUCUUCCAUUUUUGCAAUAAUGCUGCAAUUAGUUGGUUGUAAUUUUGAGUAGAGCAGACAUUUCCAUUUAAUUUUGUUAGAUGCAUGUGUGACAACUCCAUGCAAUUAGUAUAUUUGAGUUUAGCCAUAAUGGUUUAUUUGUUUGGUCUUUUCUCUUGGAUUAAACUGAAAUUACAACCAACUUUCUACAGCUUAUUUUAAAAAUAGUAAUAUUUUGUAGAUAAUUACAUAUUCAAAUAACCGAAAGUGAGUGGUUGUAAUCUGAAUAAAGGGAAAAAGGCCAUUAUUGAACAAGGGGUGAGGCAUUCUACUAAUCUGUUAAGAGAACCCGUUCAGAUUUAAUUAGAACUUUUCUAUGACUGAAGCCUUUGGUGAGAGGUCUAAAAUUGUAAUAUUUAAUCAUUUCUGCCCCCUGAACCAUGCUGGUUAAGUGUACCUUGAAUUCUAAAUAAAUCACAGUGUCACCAGCAAAGCACACCCACACCACCUCCAUGCUUCACGGUGGGAACCACACAUGCGGAGAUCGUCCGUUCACCUACUCUGCAUCUCACAAAGACACGGCGGUUGGAACCAAAAAUCUACAAUUUGGACUCCAAGCCAAAGGACAGAUUUCCACCGGUCUAAUGUCCAUUGCUUGUGUUUCUUGGCCCAAGCAAGUCUCUUCUUAUUGGUGUCCUUUUAACAGUGGUUUCUUUGCAGCAAUUCAACCAUGAAGGACUGAUUCACGCAGUCUCCUCUGAACAGUUGAUGUUGUGUCUGUGACUUGAACUCUGGAAAGCAUUUAUUUGGGCUGCAAUCUGAGGUGCAGUUAACUCUAAUGAACUUAUCCUCUGCAGCGCUCAUCAUAGCGCUUGAUAGUUUUUGCGACUGCACUUGAAGAAACUUUCAAAGUUCUUAAUAUUCUGCAUUGACGGACUGUUUCUCUUUGCUUAUUUGAGCCGUUCUUGUCAUAAUAUGGACUAGGCCUUUUACCAAAUAUGAUUAUCUUUGAAAUACCACCCCUACCUUGUCACAACACAACUGAUUGGCUCAAAUGCAUUGAGAAGGAAAGAAAUUCCACAAAUUAACUUUUAACAAGGCACACCUGUUAAUUGAAAUGCAUUGCAGGUAACUACAUCAUGAAGCUGGUUGAGAGAAUGCCAAGAGUGUGCAAAGCUGUCAAGGCAAAGGGUGGCUACUUUGAAGAAUCUCAUGAAAUAUUUUGAUUUAACACUUUUUGGUUACAUGGUUCCAUAUGUGUUAUUUCAUAGUUUACAUCUUCACUAUUAUUCUACAAUGAAGAAAAGUCAAAAUAAACAAAAACACUGGAAUGUA